AUGACUAUCACCUGGGUUGUGAAGAAGAAAUCGCCUACCACAAAGGUAGGCGUGACAUUUAUAUCCAUCAAUAAGCUCGUUGCUAUCAAAAGUGUAUCUGGGAGAGCAGCUAAGCUGACUGAUCUUGUCCCCGGGUUGCGAGUUUUUGAAAUCAACGGAAAGACUGUGCAAAGUGCAAAGCAGGCCUGUGACAUCAUUCGAAAGGCUCCUAUCGGUGAUAUUCGGAUCACAACAGGGGGGCAGCAUCACUCGGCAGUAAAGAUUUCCGAAGAAAGGACCGGUUUCACGAUUCGGCAAUACGAGAACAAGCAAGAUUGCGUUCUGAUUACACACGUGGAUCCCUUUGGAUUGUUCCCAGAUGUACCAACGGGAUACUUUCUCUGGAGUAUAAAUGGAAAAAGAAUGAAGUCUGUGAAUCAAACAAUUACGAGCCUAAAACGGGAGAAGUCUGUAGCAAUUGUAAUUGCACGGCCACAAGACCUUGGUUAUGACCUCGGACCUUUGAAACCCACAACUGUGAAGACACGUCCCAUCGAAGGGCAGAAACCCGGAACUUCUGGACUUCGAAAGAAAACAAAGAGAUUCAUGGAGUCGAAUUAUUUGGAAAAUUUUGUACAGUCUACUUUCAAUGCAAUCAAGGCGAGGGGAACCAACAUUGUAGAGGGGACUUUGCUCAUUGGAGGCGACGGUAGAUACUUCAACAAGGAAGCUAUUCAGACUAUUAUCAAAAUGGCUGUCGCAAAUGGCGUGAAGCGAAUUUGGGUCGGUCAAGAUGGUCUCAUGAGCACUCCAGCUAUCUCUGCGACCAUUCGGGAACGGGGUCCUAUUUGGCAACAAGCAUUUGGGGCAUUCAUCUUGACAGCCAGCCACAACCCAGGUGGUCCAGACGAGGAUUUUGGAAUCAAGUACAAUUGUGAAAACGGCGGACCAGCCCCUGAUAUUCUCACCAACACCAUCUAUGAGAAUACGACAAAAAUUUAUAAAUACUUCAUUUGCCCGGAGUUUCCAUCUAUCGAUCUAUCCGAGUGCGGACCAACAAAUGUAAAAUCCACCGAUGGCAUGAAGCAGGUGUGCGUGGAAGUGAUCAGUUCUACCGAAAACCAUGUGACCCUUUUAAAGUCGAUUUUUGACUUUGAUGCGAUUCGGGGUUUGCUGGAUCGCAACGAUUUCAGCAUGGUUUACGAUGCCAUGCAUGGUGUAAACGGCCCGUAUGCCAAAAAAGUCUUUGUUGACGAGCUUGGACAGCCCGAGUCAGUGUGCAUGAACUGCGUCCCGAAGGAUGACUUCAACGGUGCGCACGCAGAUCCGAAUCUGACAUACGCUAAGGAGUUGGUCGAACUCAUGGGGCUCGACCGAAAGGGUGCAAAGAUCGAUACUGGAGCGAAGGUGGUACAAUCCUUUGGCGCUGCCGCGGAUGGAGAUGGAGAUCGAAAUAUGAUCCUUGGGACCAGGUUUUUUGUUAGUCCCUCCGAUUCCCUCGCUGUCAUUGCGUCUUAUGCCCAUGUCAUUCCAUUUUUCAGGUCGCAAGGCGGGCUUAAGGGUGUGGCUCGUUCCAUGCCAACUAGCGGUGCAGUAGAUCUGGUGGCCAAAGACUUGGGCUUUGAUGUAUUCGAAACACCAACAGGAUGGAAAUACUUUGGCAACUUGAUGGAUUCAAAAGCAAUCUUCCAAGGAAAAGAUUACACGCCCUUUAUUUGUGGGGAAGAAAGCUUCGGCACUGGAUCCGAUCACGUUCGAGAAAAGGAUGGACUCUGGGCUGUCUUGGCUUGGUUGUCGAUCUUGGCAUAUGAAAACUCAAAAGUUGAGAGCUCAAGCAAAAGCUUAUUGUCAAUCUUGGCAUUUGAUAGCUCGAACAAAAGCUCCAAUUCUCUUGUGACGGUAGAAGACAUCGUGAAAGGUCACUGGGCAAAGUAUGGACGCAAUUAUUACUGUCGCUGGGACUUUGAAGGUGUGGAAAAGGCAGGUGCAGAAAAGAUGAUGGACAAGAUGAGGGAAAGUGCAACGGCAAACACGGGCAAAGAAAUUGGGCAAUAUCGAAUUGCCAAAGCUGAUGACUUCAGUUACAAGGAUCCAGUGGACGGUACCGUCGCCAAGAAGCAAGGUAUCCGUUUCUUGAUGGAGGAUGGGUCACGCAUAAUCUUCCGUCUCUCAGGCACAGCUGGUUCCGGGGCAACUGUACGGAUGUACAUUGAACAAUACGAAAAAGAGAAAAUUGAUAUGAUAGCAUCGGAGGCUCUGGAUGGCCUAGUGAAAGUGGCGCUCGAAUUAAGCGCAAUCAAAACCUACAUUGGAACUGAUGAACCAACGGUCAUAACCUAG